AAAAUGCGUUUCGCCAUGAUUAUUCUUGCCUUCGCGGCAACCUUUGUGGCAGCUGGUUGCCCAGGUGGCGAUGGCAAAUCUUGCUGCCCAGAUGGACAGUUCUCUUGCUCGGACGGUAUUGGCGCAUGUGAGUGUGUGCCUUGCGGACAAGAAUGUGCCGUCAACUGCUGCUGAGCGGCUUACGGAUAUAAUUCACAUUGGCGCGAGAAGGAAAAGACCGAGGAACACAAUGCAGCGGUCGUGUGGAAGAUGGUUGAAUCCGU